GAAGAAGAAGAAGAAGAAGAAGAAGAAGAAGAAGAAGAUAGUUGUAAUGGGCUUUUGUGCCUUUCCGACGACCUGUGGGGUUAUAGGGAUAGUUACUAUAUUUGGAAUCCAUCCAUCAGAAAGUCAGUAAAACUCCCCGAACCGAUUUUUAUAUUUAAAACACAUGGCCCUUUUGACCAUACAUUAGGGUUUGGGUUUGAUAGUGUUACUAAUGACUACAAGGUGGUAAGAAUAGUACACACUGGAUUUUGUACUGAUAGGGUACCACCUCAUGUUGAGCUUUUUAAACUAAGCACUGGUGUUUGGCGAGACAUUACUCCUGUUGCUCCAUCUUAUAAAUUCUUUAAGCGGAAACCAGAGAUCUAUGUGUAUGGCGCAUGCCAUUGGGUUGCUUCUAAAGGAGGAAUAAAAGGUCCAAAAAUGAUUGUUUUGUUUGAUGUGCAUGAGGAGACGUUCCGGGAGAUGGCGGUACCGGGUAGUUUGGUUUGGAACUUUUUUGGUUUCUUUGGUGAGGGAUUUGUGCUUUUUGUAUCAGAUGAGUCACUUUGUUUGGCUGAUUGUUCCAAUGGAAAUGACGAAACAAUUGAUAAUUGGAUGAUGAAAGAGUAUGGUGACCCAGAAUCAUGGGUGAAACUGUUCAGCAUCAGUUUAAGGGACAUAUCAUUCAACGUUGGUGUUGUUGAUUACUUAAGGUUUAAUGGUGGUCGUCAGCUCUUGAUGAAGCCUAUAGCUUCAAGGAAAAAUGGUAAAAUUUUGUGGAGAGUGGACAAAGGACUCUUGGUCUCAUAUGAUCCUUCAGCUGAAAAAAUUAAGAAUCUUGGCAUUCAUGAUGCUAACUUUUAUUACGAUACACUUUCUGUUAAUACUUGCAGAGUGAGCCUUAUUUUACUUGGUAAACAGACAUAUUGUUUUGCUGAAGACACUUGCGAAGAUUCAUCCAAUUUAUGCUAAAGGUGGGAGAAAGAAGUUCUUAAAGGCAAAUACUAAAAGUGGACUGCAGAUUUUACAUGUCAAAAAUGAAAGUAACUAGGCUGC